AUGAGCGCGAAUAGGAAGCUUCAAACAGAGAUCGAUCGGACUUUGAAGAAAGUCGAGGAAGGAGUCGAGAUCUUCGAUGAGAUAUGGGAUAAGGUUUAUUCGGCGACUCAACAGAACCAGAAGGAGAAGUAUGAGGUUGACUUGAAAAAGGAAAUCAAGAAACUCCAGCGACACCGAGAUCAAAUCAAGACAUGGGUGGCGUCGUCAGACAUCAAAGACAAGCGUCCGCUGACUGACGUGCAUCACAGUGCGCGAAAGCUCAUCGAGACGAAGAUGGAACAGUUUAAGGUUUGCGAGAAGGAGACAAAGACCAAAACUUAUUCUAAAGAGGGCCUCGCUCGCGAGACUAAGAUCGACCCGCAUGAGGCGGCCAAAAAUAGCACGCGCGAUUGGCUUUCAGAAAAGGUAGACCAGCUCUCACUGCAGAUCGACAUGCACGAGGCAGAUAUGGAAAAGCUCACAUCGGGUAAAGGCUCAAAACGGAACAAGCAAGAGAUUGAACAGCUCGAGGCAUCCAUCAAGCGCCACCGGUGGCACAUAGCUCGGCUAGAGCAGAUUACACGGCUUCUGGAUAACGAUGCUCUCCAGCACGAGCAAAUAAAUGAGAUCAAAGAGGAUGUGGAAUAUUAUAUUGACGCGAAUCAAGAGCCAGACUUCAUGGACGCCUAUGACGAGACAAUGGAUAUUUUUGAGUCACUUGAUCUGGGCGACCUCCCCACAGAUGAAGAUGCGGCAGCCGCGGCCGCGGCCAAUACAGACGAAAAGAAGAAGAAGAAGAAGAAGGGAGAUGACGACGACGACGACGAAAAGGAUGACAAAAAAAAAAAAAAAAAAGACAAGCAGGCUGAAAAGGAGGCGAAAGAGGAAGCCAAAAAAGAAAAGAAGGCUAACAAGGCCAAGGCAACCACGGCAAUGCCACUAACGAUUGGUCGUGCGACAGUAGCGAAAGCGGCGCCCGCGCCCGUCCCCGCUGCGGCUGCGCCUAUCAAAGGUGCUAAGGGCGCGUCUACCACUAGCAAGGGCAUGCCAACGCCCGGUGUUCCGACGCCUCAGCAAGUUGCUCCGCCGGCGUCUGGUGCCGAGUCGCUCGCAAACAUCCUCAAGCAGCAGAGUGCGCAGCAACAGCAAACUGGUGUCGCAAUGGCCGACAGGCUUCGGGCCCAGCAGCAACAGCCAACGGCCCCAGUGCCUGGAGCUGCUUUUUCUGCAGCGGCGCAGCGAUCACAGCAUCAACAACAGACCUCCAGCCUCGUGAUGAGCCAACAGGCACCAGGACGUGGGGCGCAGGGCGGUGCGCAGGGAGCUGGCGGUUCAAUUGGCUUUGGUACCACGCGCUCAGGGCAAGGCAACAGUUCAGGCUACGGCUACGGUACGAAUGACUCUCGGGCAGGAACGCGACAGCAGGGCAUCAUUCCGCAGCAGGGUCAGUCACCACAACAAGGGCACGACGGCGGGCUGAGCAUGCUUGCCCGGACGCGUGCCCCGGGCGCAUCGCCGCCGUCUAACCUCCCGACGAUUGGCCCCGUCUCGGGUCAACAGAGCGUCGCAGGGACCAUGUUUCAGAACGCGCCUGGGUCGGGCGCGUUGGGGACUGCGCCAUCACGUGGUCUCACUCCGCAGACCGCUGCAGGCGGUAGUGUGCGCAGUAGCACAACGCAUAACUGCCCUGUGCAGAGCCGAGGCGCACAAGUCGCUCUCGACCAGUGCUUCGCACCUGGUGCCAGUCUUGAGCCCCUCCUUGAUAUCUCUGAACAUAUGGCUGCUGAUGACACCUACGUGCGUCUCCUUGAUGCGCAGGGACCCAGCGGUAAUGAUGACAAUGCCGUAAGUCUGAGUGCUCGCAAGCUCGCGGCUCUCGCACUCAGCAUGCGCCGCGCUCCACGCAAAGCUGACUCGGAGCGUCCGAGGCAAUAUGUGCCCCGAAAUCCUUAUGCGACACCGCCGGCCUUUCCUUCAACGCCCGCGCCGACCUUUGACGACGCGAAGCGCCAUGAAGAGCCUAAGGUGACGACUGACGAGUUUGAACAGGGCACUUAUGUGUACUUCGAUUACGAGACCGGAUGGUGCCAGCGCAUCAAAUCCGACUUCACCUUCGAGUAUAAUUUUCUUGAGGAUGAACUCGGACCUGCACCUCUCUACGAACUGUCUAAAACCACCGUUACUACUGCACUCAUCGUUCGCUCAACAGUCUUCCAGAUAGGACACGCAAAAAUAACGCUGGUGCGAAUUGAUGCAUCACCUCAGUCUCAGAAUUUGUGGCGGCUUCGCAGUGUCAAAACAGCAGCGCCUACACGUCGCGAUCAGACGUGGCGAGUUCGACAAGCCAGACGUGAGGAGCGGAUCAGGGGUUGGGAUAACGAGAUAGUAAACUCCGACACGGGGAGGCAGCCUAGUGGGGCUGCCCUGCCGUGUGGGGUGAACUAUCGAGGUUAUGCAGUGGCGGUCCAGGAAGACUCUCCGUCUAUUACAGUGCGAGACGCAACUAUAACAGGGUUAGAAAGCCGUCUGACAGACACCACAGGAGCAGAAGAGCGCCACGCUACUUCUGCCUCUGCUGGCUGUACACUCCUUCAGUUCGCUGUCUCUAUAAGACUUGAAGCCACUCAGGCUGCACUCCCCCAUCUACGCUCAUCCUGCUUCUACGGAUUGUACCUUAACGUCAAGUUGAUGUACGGAACUUAG